AUGGCUGUAGAGUCUUCUCCUUCCGAGACUUCUCCUUUGCUGGCAUCCGGCAACAGUUCUCCGUCCAACGGUACCAUCUCCGAUCACCAUGUAGAAUCGGGGUGUUCAGAGGCGGAGGAUCGCAAAGCGCCGCCUCCGGGUACGCAGACAAAGCUCAAGUAUCUGAUUCCUGCGAUAUCAGUGGGCGUCUUCAUGUCGGCCGCUGACCAGACAAUUAUCAUGGCUAGCUAUGGCCAAAUUGGAAGUGAUUUGAAAGCUCUCAAUUUGACCAGUUGGAUUGCCACUUCCUACUUUCUGAGUUUGACCUCUUUCCAGCCUCUGUAUGGCAAGCUGAGUGAUAUUUUUGGCCGCAAGCCAUGUCUUCUCUUUGCAUAUGCAAUCUUCGGUACUGGGUGUCUAUUCUGUGGCCUUGCACGAAACAUCAAUGAACUUAUUGCAGCCCGUGUCCUCCAGGGCAUUGGUGGUGGUGGCAUGACUACUGUUGUCAGUAUCCUGAUGAGCGAUGUUGUCCCCCUUCGUGACCGAGGUCUGUGGCAGGGUGUCAUCAACAUCAUCUAUGCAACAGGUUCCGGUACCGGCGCACCGUUGGGCGGAAUUCUCGCGGACUACGUUGGAUGGCGUUGGGCCUUCCUAGCGCAGUUCCCUCUGUGUAUUAUUGCUAUCAUUGCAGUCUCAACCAUACUCAAACUUCCCGCCCGAGAGAGCACCCACUGGAAAACCAAGCUACAACGCAUCGAUUUCAUUGGUGCUGUCGUCCUUGUUGGCGCCGUUCUGUUCUUCUUGGUGGGUCUUGACCGUGGAAGUAAUGUUUCGUGGAAAAUGCCCUUGACUAUCGCCUCGCUGGGAGUUUCAGCUGUUCUGUUCGUUGUCUUCAUUCUAGUUGAGAUAUACGUUGCAGCUGAGCCCUUUGCCCCGGGCCACAUCAUCUUCAACCGAACUUUCUUUGCCUGUUACGGCUGUAAUUUCUUCAGCUUUGGGGGCUGGAUUGCCGCCCUAUUCUAUAUCCCCUUGUACUUCCAAGCAGUGGAUGGUGUCUCUGCUACUGUUGCGGGGAUACGUCUCCUGCCGAGCAUUCUUUCCGGUGUCAGCGGCUCUGUUCUGGCGGGCUUACUGAUGAAAUGGUAUGGAAAGUACUACUGGCUGACAGUCAUUGCAUAUACCUUCUUGACCACGGGUGUUUUCUGCAUUUAUCUCUUCUCAGGAGGCGCCAUCGCGAGCACAGUCCCAAUGAUUAUUGGCAUGGCCUGUGCGGCCUUUGGCAACGGUAUUGGUGUCACAACCACCUUGAUUGGUUUAAUAUCGAACUCUUCUUACGAAGAUCAAGCAGUUGUAACCGCCUGUUCAUAUCUUUUCCGCUCAUUGGGAUCUGUGAUUGGUCUCUCGCUGUCGUCAACCGUCGUUCAACAGCUUCUACGGGACCGAUUGAGAACCGGUCUGCGUGACAGUAAAAACAUCGAUCAGAUUGUUGAGGGUGUACGUCAGAGUCUCGACUUUAUUAAGACUCUCGACCCCACCACUGCCAAGAUCGUUCGAAACUCUUACGGCUGGUCAACUAACAAUGGAUUCGGCUUCAUGGUAGUUGUGGUGUUCUUUGCUUUGCUGAGCGGAUGUUUCAUCCGCGAAAGUAAACUGAACCGCUAA